AUGGCAGAAGAUCCUCACUUUGACAUCCUGAAGCGCUUCGUGAUGCUCGCAGACUUGGCCGGGUUGCAGAAGUUCGCACCGCCAUGCUUUGCGUGGUCGCGAACUGCUGACGGCGAACUGCCACUGCUGUUUGAGGCAUUUAGAAUAGGAAUAGUUAAAGCGACGGAUGGUACCGUGAAGCAACGCCUCCAGAUUGUUGAGUGGAUGAUCAAAUCUGGAGCAGAUCCACUUCUUCGACUGCCACGAAAAUUGCGCGAUCCCUGUGCCUUUGCGUGGCACAGAUCAGAGAGCCAGACGGAGGAAGACAAGUCCGACAAAAUUCAUGUCGAAGCGCCUGGGCAUUGUCUCCUUUCCUUUGCCUUGGCGCUUCUCGAGGCUUUCCAUGAGACACAGCUCCAAACAACGCGCUAUGAUCGGGCCAUGGCCUUCGUCCAGGAGGUCGUAUCCAUAAUUUCCCGAAUGAAGGGCCAGCGGCCGAAAAUAGAAGUAGACCAAACUGUAAUCGACCGUUGGGAAGCGAUCAGGGGCAUGACUGCCACCCACAACGUCACUUUUGCCACUGCCGAUGGUCCAGUAACAGCACACGACAUUGCUCUCAUGGCGACCUCCCCAGUGCUGUCGGCAAUGCUGCAGUCCUGCAUGACAGAAGGUUCUAGAAAGCAUAUUGAAGUCAAAGACUCUUCUGCUGCCGGCGUGUCCCUGUUCUUGGACCUUGUGUACACAAGCUCCACAUGCAGUGAAGUGCAGUACAAGACCGCGCUCGAAGCCUUGGACCCCGCCCAUCGCUGGCAGGUGGAGGGCGUGGUGCGCGUGCUCGAGGAGAUCCUGCAAGGAAUGAUCACCGAUUCCAGCUUUAUCGACAUCGCAUCAGCUGCCACGUUGAAGAGCUUGUUGGGCCUCGAGAAGGCUUGUGCUACCUUCGCCCAGAACAGCAAGGCGUUGCGACAGAUGUCGCAAAACGGGGAGCUGCCUCCUGCUCUCGAGAAGUUUCUAGGCCAUGUGUCGACGGCGUCUGAUACAUCGUCUCCGAAUAAGAGGCGCCGGACUUUUUGA